GGUCUUGUGAAGGCCGUGAGCGCGAUCCAGCAACAUAUCGGGCUGCCGCAGGAGUCUCCUGCAGCGGCGUGGCAGGCGACCUCGCCUGUCGCGCCCAAGGCUAAGCCCAAAAAGAAGAAGGUGAAGUUCACGGACAUCCAGAUCGUGGAGCGGCUGCGGAGCCUCAUCGGCUAUGUCGACGAGGCCACGGGCGCCCAGAGGCAGGCCAUCACGACGGCGGUGGUCUGCAACAAGCUUAAGGAGCUCAUCGCGUCCUUCAGUGCUGCCAAACCUGACAGCCCUCUGGAGGAGACGAUGACGACUACUGCUACUGCUACGGAGCGAAUGGUUGCGGAACACUGGGGGACUGCGGCCCUGGUAGCCGCGGGCCAGGCCCGCUCCAAGCUCGAGACGAUCACCGACCCGCUGAUCAUCUUCUCCUCCACGGAGGCGGAGUACACGGCGGCAGAGCAGGUGAGACGUGCAUAUGGCAACAGGACGGACAUCACGCAUGUGGUCCUUGACGCAUCAGGUGAAGAUCAUGUACUCCUCCACGGGCCGAAAGGCCCGAAGAAGAUGAAGGCUCGCAUCGUAUACCACGGAGAGCUCGCCCCUCGUAGGGCGGGCUUGGACGCGGCCAUCAAGGACGACGAGGUGGUCCAGCACGAGAAGCUGUCCCUUGUCAGCUUUCGCAUCACUGUGGUGCAGGAGAUGACGGAUGAGACGCUCUACCACCAGAUCUACAACCAGCCCCAGGCGAUGCCGACGGUGGUGCUGGGUGAGGUAGCAGCGGCUCAGAUUGUACGUACGCGGGGUGCUAUUGCAUAUGAGGCCGAGACGACAUGUGUGGUCACGGUCCCGAAGAGCUUCGAGGUGAAGAUGACCGAGAUCUUACCGCCGCUGGGUUGUUUUAUUAUGAAGCAGGCCUCGACGACGACUCCCAAGUGGUUUACCCAGAAUCAGGAGGAGUCGCCGAAGGAUUAUCUCAAAAGAGUGUGUGGGCUGCUGAAGGAGAAGCGUAACCUGCUGGUGCACCGCCCGUACGGGCGGGCCAAGCUUGGUGCGACGACGCAGGUCAACGCGCCAGGCAUGCUCGAGCUCACCAAGUACUAUGUCAAGCAUGCUCUUCCAACCUGGACGACGCCACAGAUGGUGGCGGACUGGGCCACGGAGAGAGGGUUCUUGCGGGUGCAGGAGCCAACAAGGGCUGGGCCGAGGGCCUGGUUGUUCUUUGCUGAGCCGCCGCAGGGUGUGGUGGCGACGAGCUUUUCAUUCAAGAGCGGAGUGUUGGUGACCAAGGCCGUCAGACCUCAGGCGCCAGCACGACAGAAGCCCAAGGAGGGUGCAGCACCGACGACCAGGAGUGCGUGGGGCGCGGCCAAGCCGAGGGUCCAGAACAUCGACGACGAUACUGGAGGCCAGGCAGCUCCGACGGCUACGGCGACGACUCCAGCAGCGACUACACCGCCUGCCGGAGCACCAACGGUCACGCCGACGAAGGAUGACGUCAAGACGGAGGCGAAGGAGGAGACCAAAGUCGAGUCCAAGCCGAAGUUGCAGAGAGGCGAAGAUGGCAAAGCUGUGGGUAAAUAUGUGACUCCAUAUUCUAAGUGGUUCAAAGUUAUUCAAUGUGCUGGUGAUGGUGAUUGCUUUUAUAUUGCUGCGGGCCGUGGUCUGCAUCAUGUCUCUCCGAGCGGGCGGGUACCGCCCAUCAACGCCUUUGAGCCGAAGGGUCCGAUCCAGGGCCACCUACGCAUGCUUGUGCAGAGGGCAGGCUUGAAGAAGGUGUAUGGGACGACGAAGCUGCAGGCGGAGUAUCACGGCACGACGGGGAACCCUGCGGGAGCCCUGGCGGUGAGGCUACUUGCGCACGAGGCGAAGACGGAUAUCUAUAUCUGGGCGAAAGAUGCGAAUGGCAAAUGGAUAUUGUACGGACGAGAGCCGAAUUCUAAGACAAAGAAGAAGGAGAUCUGGUUGACCUUGGAGGACCAGCACUACCAGUGGUUGGAGCCUCGAGCGGACAUCCAGGACUUGCCCGAGUACCAGAACACGUUACGGCUGUGGCGUGAUCAAGCUUUCCCGUACCCCCAGCAUGGCCUACAGGGCAGUGGCGAGGAUGACGGUGAUGAUGCUGAUAUGUUAUCUCUUCUUGGGCUGCGCAGUACACCGACAGCGCACUCAGGGGCUAUUGCGAGUAUCCUUGGGCUGGAUGAACGUGCAGACGAGAUGCGCAGUCUCUUGGGCUUGGAGUCUGGCGGGGCCGAGGCCUUGGCGGAGGAAGCUGCAGGAGACGAUGAUGAGGCUUUUAAGCAGUUUUGGUCUUGGCAAACUGGUGAAUAUUACAAGUGUGACAAGUGUGGUUGGACGCCCGACACAUCCGACAAAGUGUGGUUGGGGAAGCGCAAGUACAACUCCUUGCUCAGCGUGCAGGCGGACAGGCACUGGAGGAAGUGCCAGGGCAAGCCGGCGCCCAAGAUCGGGAAGAUUGUGCACUCGCAUAUCUCCCAGUUUCUCGCGAACUCCGCCAAGAUUCGUGAGAACGUACGCCAGCGUGGGUUUGCCAAGCAUCUGUUGUGGAAGGCGAAGCUACCUAUUAGUAUUCAAGAGGCCGUGUGUGAAUAUGAUCCUCGUACGGUGUUGACGAUCCCGAACGCCACGAAGAACUUCACGGCCUACAAGUGCACGAGGUGUGGUCUCCAGAGGGCGCUCGGACAGGCGCCGUGGAACAUAUGCAGUGGAAGACAUAACAAAGUUACGCGGAAGCAGUUCUUGACGAGUACGGUCGGGGUAGCACGUAUGCGGCACUUCUUUGAGGUGGAGCAGAAGCGCAUCCAGAAGAAGAAGGCCAACUUCGGACCCGACAAGCGUGAAAAGAGGAAGAAGUAUUGGGCCGAGUACUCCAAGAGGCCCGAGCACAAGGAGAGGAAGCGGAUCCAGAACCAGAAGCUGGACAAGAGGAGGCUGAAGAGCGGCCCCGAGCGCGAGCGCUACCUGAUCCAGAAGCGUGAGCGUGGGAAGAAGGCCUGGAGGAAGAAGGCACCGCCAGGAAGCGGCCAGAUGCGUUUGGCCACGAUCAACGUCACAGCUCUGAAUGCCGCCAGGCUGGAGGAGCUGCUCACGCACGACGACCUGAGAGAGGUGGACUUCCUUGCCCUGCAGGAG